AUGCGGGACGCGUGCAAAGAAAUUCCCGAUCUUGUGCAAAACUUAGUCGGCGAAAUGCAAAAAUUACAGAUAUCACAGGCUAGGCUUGAAGAUAAUGUCCAGACUUUAACCAACCGCGUAGAUAAUGUGGAGAUAGAUGCACGGAAAAGUAUUGACGCAUAUUUGGAAGUGCAAGCUCAAAAAGUAGAAAAAGAAUUAAAUGAAUGGCUAGAAAUAAAGGAUCGCGAGAUAUCUGCAAAGAUUGAAAGCGACGUAAAAACAGCUGUAGAACAAGCGACUGCGGCCGCGAGUUGUAGGGAAGGAAAUUGUGACCCAGAAAUUACCGGAAAAAAUCAAGAGGUGCCUGCAAAUAUCUGCAACACAAGAAGCAGUGCCAAUAAAAUCACCAACGCCAGCUGUAGCAAGUGCAACACAAAUGACAGCAGCAGCAGUAUCACCACCACCAACAACCACAACAACAACAACAACAAAAACAAUGACAACAACAACAACAGAAGAAACAGCAGUGACAACCUAUAUCAACAGCAGAAGAACCAUCAGUAG